CUUUACGAAGCCGUUUUUAACUCCUCCCCGACUGCAAGCGACAACUCUCGCCGGUCGUUUCAUGCAGCCGCAGCCGAUUUCGAACACUGCUGAUAGUUAUCUUAUUUGCGCAGAGUAUCACUUUUACACCACCGAAAUGUCAAAACUAAAUUUGUUUAGAGAUUUUAUCCGUGAAAGACUAACAACGGCAGCUUUGGAGAUUUUCGGGGCCGUUGAAAAAACGUUUGCUGAGUUCCGAGAAGAAAUCUAUAAUUCCAAGGAGGAGAGCGCGCGGCUCAACCGAUUGUUGGACAUUGUUACUCCACCGGAGAUCAAGAUACACCGAACAGAUGUGCAGCAGCUCUCUGUCCCGGAGCCCCCACAGAUUAAAGAGGAACAGGAGCUGUGGACCAGUCAGGAGGAAGAGCAGCUCCAAGGACUGCAGUCUGAAACUACAGACUCCAUCUUCACUUCUUCCAGUGUGAAACAUGACUCUGAUCAGGAGGGCUCCUCUGAAUGUUCACAUGUUGACCAGACUGUUAAAGUGGAGGACAGAGAAGGAGACUCUCUACCCACCAACACAACUGAGGAGCAAAUCAAAACAGAGCCUCAUCUACAAGACUCUGGAGCACCAGAACCAGACAGUGACUCUCAGCCUCUCUCUAUUGUAGCUCCAGACAGUCCUGCAGCUCAGAGUUUGGAGGAGGAGGAGGAACAUGAAGGAGUGAUGCUUUUACAGAACAGAACACAAAACAAUGAGGGUCUUCCAAGGGACAAUAGACCACAGGGAAGUCACACAGGAAAAACAAAACAUCAGUGUCAACAAUGUAAAAAAACGUUUAUAUCUGAAUCUUAUUUGAUUCUGCACAUGAGAACACACACAAGAACACACACAAGAACACACAAAGGAGAGAAACAUUUUCAGUGUCAAAAAUGUAACAAAAAAUUUGCUCAGAAAUGUCAUCUUGUUGAUCACUUGAGAACACACUCAGGAGAGAAACCUUUCCAGUGUCCACAUUGUAACAAACGAUGUGCUCUCAAAGGUAAUCUUCGUAAACACAUGAGAACACACACAGGCGAGAAACCUUUUCAGUGUCAACAAUGUAACAAACGAUUUGCUGACAAAGGUAAUCUUGUUACUCACAUGAGAAAACACACAGGAGAGAAACCUUUUCAGUGUCGACAAUGUAACAAGCGAUUUGCUCAGAAAUAUAAAUUUUUUGAUCACGUGAGAACACACUCAGGAGAGAAACCUUUCCAGUGUCCACAAUGUAACAAACGAUGUGCUCUCAAAGGUAAUCUUCUUAAACACAUGAGAACACACACAGGAGAGAAACCUUUUCAGUGUCAACAAUGUAACAAACGAUUUGCAGACAAAGGUACUCUAGUUGAUCACAUGAGAAAACACACAGGAGAGAAACCUUUUAAGUGUCAACAAUGUAACAAAGGAUUUGCUCAAAAAAGGGUUCUUGUUCGUCACAUGAGAACACACACAGGAGAGAAACAUUUUCAAUGUCAACAGUGUAACAAACAAUUUGCUCACCAAGGUAAUCUUGUUAGUCACAUGAGAACACACACAGGAGAGAAACCUUUUCAGUGUCAACAAUGUAACAAACGAUUUGCUCAGAAAUACAAAUUUGUUGAUCACGUGAGAACACACACAGGAGAGAAACCUUUUCAGUGUCAACAAUGUGACAAAGGAUUUGCUCAAAAAAGGGUUCUUGUUCGUCACAUGAGAACACACACAGGAGAGAAACCUUUUCAGUGUCAACAAUGUAACAAACGAUUUGCUCAUAAAGGUAAUCUUGUUAGUCACAUGAGAACACACACUGGAGAGAAACCUUUUCAGUGUCAACAAUGUAACAAACAAUUUGCUCACAAAAGUAAUCUUGUUAGUCACAUGAGAAAACACACAGGAGAGAAACCAUAGUGUGAAUUAUGUAAUGUUUUAUGCCAGAAGACCUGUAUCUAUUUCCUGUCCAGUGGGUAUUUAUAUGCUUUGCUUCCUCCCUUGUUGUAUGUGCUGGUGCCAAGCAAGGAGCAUCUUCCACCUUGGAUACCAUUACCUUCCACCUUAGAUACCAUUACCUUCCACCUUAGAUACCAUUACCUUCCACCUUAGAUAUUUUCGAAAAGGUUGAAUAAUAGUUUUGAAAGGUUGAAUGACAGAUUUCCCUAGAGGCCUGAGGAAGACUGAUGUGUAGAUGACACUGAACAUAGGAGGGGGGGAACUCUUUUCACAGGUAAAUCUGUUCCCCACAUAAUGAUCACAGUAACAUACAUCACCAGCAUCACUCUAUUGCUUUAUAAAUUGCUAGAUUGUAAUAUACAGGGGGGGAACCACCUUUCUCAGGCCUCAAGGGAAAUAUGUUCCCCCUGUGUUCUCAGUGUAAAAGACUGUGUAUAGAUGAAACUUGUUACUUAUUAUGAUCACUGUAAAAUAAUGAAUGAAAGAUGAGUAUCCUAAAAUUAUAA